AUGUCGCUCGCAGCGCAGGAGGCGAGUGCGCUGAGUGCCGCGCGUUCGACGGGGGCGCGCUACGGCGAACCGCGCGUUACAGUCCCCCAAACAGCGCUCUCCGACGACCUCGUCGCGAAUCCGCUCGGGCACGGAUCGAGCAUCCACGUGAAUCCGCCCCGGGAGGGAAUGUCGCCUGCGUAUGGCGAGCUGUACGGCGGCGAGGGGGUAUGGGACGUGCACAUCUACUGGAAGCCGAACAAUCUCGACGAAAAGGAAUAUGCGCGCAAGUUGCACGCAGCCAUCCGGCGCGAGUUCCCAGAGCUCCACGUGAAGCGCUUCUGGGAGGUGCCGAUUGGGCCCCACCCGACGCCCAUGUUCGAAGUCAACAUGUUCAACGCGGCGCAACUCGGAGCCAUCUUCAACUACCUCGUCGAGAAUCGGGGUCCAUUGAGUGUGCUGAUCCACCCAAACACGGGACGAACGACUGGUGACCACACGACACGUGCGACAUGGCUCGGACCGAAGAUUGAGCUCGACACGGAUCCUUUGCGGAAAGUCGAUGCGGACAACGGCGUCCCACCUGAAUAA